AUGGGCUCCUUGCCCGACGAGAAAAACAUUGGGGAUGAUCGCAUUGAGAAUGUUGCGCAGAAGAUGCCCAGCAAUGAGGAGGAAGAGGAGUUUACGCCUGAGGAGCAGCGCAAGAUCAUUCGACGCAUUGAUCUGAGAUUGGUCACUAUGACUGGACUGGCUUAUUGUAUUUCGCUCAUGGAUCGGACGAACUUGAGUGCUGCUGCGAUUGCGGGACUAAAGUCCGAGUUGCGUCUUGAUAUCGGCAAUCGAUAUUCCAUCGUCGUCCUUAUGUUCUUCGUCCCCUACGUCCUCUUCCAACCGCCGAUGACCAUUCUCAUCCGCAAGAUCGGCCCAACUAUUUUCUUGGGAACGAUUGUUAUGACAUGGGCUGUUAUCAUGAUUGGAACUGGCUUCGUCAAAAACUGGGGCCAACUAGUUGGCCUGCGUGUUCUACUCGGCGUUCUCGAAGCCGGUUACUUCCCAGGCUGCGUCUACCUCCUGAGCUGCUGGUACACCCGAUAUGACGUGCAAAAGCGGUUCUCCGUCUUCUACCUGAUCGGCUGCGUUGCCUCAGCUCUGUCGGGUAUCCUAGCCUUUGGUUUGAUGCAGUUAGCCGGUACGCAUGGACUGGGUGGAUGGCGCUGGAUCUUCAUCCUGGAGGGCGUGAUCACCGGUUUCAUCGGCAUACUUUGUUUCUUGUUCCUGGUCGACUUCCCCGAUCGCGCAGCCAAGUCCUGGAGAUUCCUUAGCCAGAAGGAGUCGGAUUGGAUCGUUCGCCGCAUCAACAAUGAUCGCAAGGAUGGAAAUCUCGAGGCUUUUUCGCUCAAGAAAUUCCUCAAGCCCGGUCUGGAUAUCAAGAUCUGGGGAUUUGCUUUGAUUUUCUUCUGUCUGACAACGGUCACCUACGCCAUCGCCUACUUCCUACCGAUCAUCCUGAUGGAGAACAUGGGCUUCGGCGUUGGCGCGGCUCAGUGUCUCGUUGCGCCUCCCUACGUCUUUGCUGGUUUCGUCAUGUACAGCACCGCCUGGGUUGGCGAUCGAUACCGCGUCCGCGGUGUAAUCCUGAUCACCAACGCCCUCCUCUGCAUCAUCGGUCUACCCAUGAUGGGCUUUGCAGAGGGCAAUGCAACCCGCUAUGCCGGUGUCUUCCUCACCGUAGCAGGUGCGAACGCGAACAUCCCGGCCUGCAUGGCCUACCAGGCGAACAAUGUUCGUGGACAAUGGACUCGUGCCUUUAGCUCGGCCACGCUCGUUGGUUUUGGAGGCAUUGGUGGAAUUGCCUCUUCCCUCGUCUUCCGUGAACAGGAUGCGCCGGGUUAUCGGCCGGGCAUGUACACCGCUCUUGCAUGCAACAUUAUGAUCAUUAUUGUUGUUCUUUGCUUGAGUGUUUGGUUCUGGUUCUGCAAUCGGCAAGCGGAGCGUGGUAAGCGGGAGAUUGAGGGGGAACCUAGUUUCCGAUAUACCAUUUAA